GAAUUUUUUUUUUUUAUUUUAAUUUCCAACCUUGCUAAACAAUAGAAACAACUUGUCGUUUUAUGUUUGUGUAAUUGAAGUAAGAAGUUUGAAGGAAAUAGGUCAUGUAUAUUCCUAUCCCAUCACCCUAGGAAAGUGAAAGUGAAAUAAAUAUGUUGCUACAGGCUAACAGCCUACAACCCUAUUACUAAUUAGCUAUAAAAUAAAAUAAUUGUCGCUCUAAGAUAAUGCUUUGAAAAUGGAACCUUGGUGAAUGUAAAUGCCAAUGAGAUCGAAAUCUUCAGCAGCCUAGCUAGUUGUGUAAGCAAGAGAAGGGAAAGAAAGGAAAGAAAAAACUAAACAGACUGGUAGAUGGAUACGUAAUUGUGAGCUUGAAAUUCAUUAAAGUUGGUGAUUGGUUUUGUGCAAAGUAUUUGGAACAGAUCUGACUUGUACAAUUUGUUUAGAACAUGAGCAAUGUUGGUGGAGUUGAUCUUGUCUCCAUUCGUAUUGAUAAAAAGCUUGCUGAUUUUACUCCAAAUGAUCCGGAGUGUUGUAUAUUUAGAGUGCAUACCCAGUUACGCAAGGUAAAUGAGAAAGCAUACGAACCUAAACUGCUUGCCAUUGGUCCUUACCACCAUGGCAAGGAUGAGUUGAAGCAGAGGGAAUAUCACAAAUUGCUGUAUUUACAACAACUUCUUCGAAGGAGAAACGAAAGCAGUGUGGAAAGAUACAUUAAAGCCAUGAGAGAAUUGGAAGGAAAAGCUCGUAGAUUCUAUGAAGAACCCAUUAGCCUAACCACGGAUGAGUUUGUAGAAAUGAUGCUUCUUGAUGGGUGUUUCAUCAUUGAGUUGUUUCGCAAGUGGGAAAAGGAGGAGCUAAGAGAUGAAUGUGACCCAAUCUUCCAAUUGGGUUGGAUACCCUAUAGCUUAUUGCGUGAUGUACUGCUAUUCGAAAACCAACUUCCAUUCUUUGUUCUCACUAAAUUGUUCGAGAUGACUCAGGUUCCCAACCAGGAGAACAACCUUAUUUCUAAUUUCAUAAUCGCUUUCAGAAUUUUAAUAUUACCAAGGAGAGGCCAAACAGAAUCAAUUGAUGAAUCGCUCCAAAACACUGGGCAUCUAUUUGUUUUGGCCCCUUACAUUAGGAAUCAAGUAGAUUCCCAAAACAUUGGGCAUCUACUUGCUUUGGCACAUAAAUCUGUCACUACUCCACCACAUGUAGAAAUCAGUACAGGUGGGAAUGAUGUAGAUGAGGAAGAUUGGAAGUCGAUACCUUGUGCCACAGAGCUUAAGGAGGCUGGAGUCAAAUUCAAGAAGCUAGAGACAGGUGGCUUCUUUGACAUAAAGUUCAACAAUGGGGUCAUGAAAAUUCCACUUUUGAAAAUAGAUGAUCAAACAGAAUCUAUCUUCCGAAAUUUGAUUGCGUAUGAGCAAUACAGUCAAAAUAAUAAUCUCAAAUACUUCACAGAAUAUAUGAACUUCAUGGAUAAUCUCAUCAACUCUCCAAAGGAUGUUGAAUUACUUCGUCGACGAGGAAUUAUUGAAAAUUGGUUGGGUGAUGAUGAAGCUGUCUCCACCAUGUUUAACAAGAUUAGUCACAAUGUUGCUAUAACCAACUUAUGUUAUGCUCAAAUUCUCAGAGAUGUGAACAAGCAUUGCAGAAGACGUCAGAAUGUGUGGAUAGCAAAUUUGAGGCACAACUACUUCAACGGUCCUUGGGCAUUGAUUUCAUUUCUUGCAGCUGCUUUUUUGCUCAUACUUGCUUUAACACAGACCAUAUUUACCGUUCUUGCUUACUUUGUUUCCAGAAAGUAAUAACAAGUUCCUGAUAAUUUUGUUCCCUUAGUUUAUAUAACAUAACUGUGGAAUAAUGUUUUAGUAAUUCAAUGACUUAAAUGGCUCCUCACGAAAUCUUUCUGCUGAGCUAGAGUCAUCUUUGUUGAAUCCUAAUGGCUAUUGUCAUGCAUGGGAACCACCUUAGAGUUUGUUUAUGGGUUUGUAAUAAUGUUCUAGACAUCAAUGGAACUGUUGGCUUAUUUUCGAUUUCCAAAUGAAACUCUGUGUAUCUCUCUCGAUCAUUCAUGAAUCUAAUAUGGCAAUUUGUUCCUAAUUAGCUAGAAAGUGGCUAGAUUUUAUUUUAUUUUAUUUGAAACCAUAAAAAAUAGAAGGACGGAAUGUGUGAAACAAUUACCAUCCAGAUUCGCGUCAUGGCUGAGGUUGUCCUUUUUCUAAAUUUAUUUGGAUCAACAUAGGCUUCAUUUGGGCAAACAUUAUAUAUACUUCAUAGUUUAUUAUAUAUACAAUGGAGGGCUAACUGCUAACUAAAUUAUAAUUUUACACAAAUUUAUUACUUUUAUAGUUUCUGUCCAAAUUUGCGUCGUGGGCUUCAUUUAUCAUUGAUACGGGCUUCAUUUGAGCAACUGGGGAUUGCACAGUGUUGACUAGACCGAGCAAAUUAAGGCGGCGUCUGAGUCAACAUUUCCUCGACGACUUAGCGGCAUAGGAAUUUUCACUUGCUCUUUCUCUACCACUUGCUCUUGUAACUCAACAUUUUUGUGGCCUAUUCUUUGUGUUUUCCAUUGAAGCUAAAGAAACAAUCUGCAGAGGCGACCUACUGUGAGUGUUCAAAGAGGUAAUAAGUUUUCUGCAAUAUAGUGUUUCUUUUGGAAUAUGAUGCUUGUUGAUAGAGCUGAUCCUGUCUCCAUUUGUAUUCAUGAAAAGCUUGCUGAGUUGACUCCGAAUGCCCCAUAAUGUUGUAUAUUCAGAGUGCAUACCCAGUUACGCAAGACAAAUGACAAGGCAUAUGACCCUCAGCUGCUUGCCAUCGGCCCUUACCACUGCGGCAAGGAUGACUUAAGGCUUAUGGAAGAUCACAAAUUGCGCUAUUUACAACUACUUCUUCAAAGGAGAAGAGAGAGCAAUGUGGAAACAUACAUUAAGGCCAUUAGAGAAUUGGAAGGAAGAGCUCAUGAAUUCUAUGCAGAACCCAUUAGCCUAAAUACAGACGAGUUUGUAGAAAUGAUGUUACUUGAUGGGUUUUUUUAUCAUUGAGUUGCUUCGCAAGCAUGGUGAUCGAAUGGAUGAAUGUGACCCAAUCUUCCGAUUGGAUUGGAUGUUCUAUAGCCUAGGGCGUGAUUUACUGUUAUUCGAAAACCAAAUUCCAUUCUUUCUUCUCACCAAAUUGUUCGAGAUGACAGAGGUUCCUGACGAGCAGGACAACGUUAUUGAUCUAGCCAUGUUUUUUUUCCACGACUCGUUAUUACCAUGUAAAGGCCAUAUAUGUGAAUCAAGUCAUGAGUCACUCCAAAACAUUGGGAAUCUACUUGCUUUGCUACAUAAAUCAUUCACUUCGCCAUCUGUAGAAAAUGGGAGAGGUGUGAAUAUUGUAGAUGAGGAAGAGUACUGUAAUUCGAUACCCAGUGCCACAGAGCUUCAAGAGGCUUGAGUCAAAUUAAAGAAGCUAGAGGGAGUCAACUUGUUUCACAUAAAGUUCAACAAUGGGGUAAUGGAAAUUCCACUUCUGCAUAUAGAAGAUCGAUCAGAAUUUAUUUUCAGAAAUUUGAUUGCAUAUGAGCAAUAUAGUCAAAAUAAUAAUUUCAAAUACGUAACAGACUAUUUGGCCUUCAUGGAUUAUCUCUCAUCAACUCUUCAAAAGAUGUUGAAUUGCUUCGUCGACGAGGAAUUAUUGAAAAUGGGUUGGGUGAUGAUGAAGCUGUCUCCACCAUGUUUAACAAGAUUGGUCACUGUCUGACUGUCGUGAUAUCCGACUUCUGUUAUGCUCAAAUUUUCAGCAAUUUGAAGAAGCAUUGCAAAAGACGUCAAAAUGUGUGGAUGGCGAAAUUGAGGCGCCACUAUUUCAACAGUCCUUGGGCAUUGAUUUCAUUUCUUGCAGCUGCCUCAUUGCUGCUACUUGCUUUAACACAAACCAUUUUUUCCAUUCUUUCUUACACUUUUCCCACAAAGUAACUUAUACCUGAUAAUUUUGUUCCCUUAAUUAGUUCAUAUACAUACUUUUGGAAUAAUGUUUUAGUAAUUCAAUGACUUAAAUGGCUCCUCAGCAAAUCUUUCCGCUGAGCGCUAUAUAGUCAUCAAUUUGUUGAAUUCCCAUGGCUAUUGUCAUGGGAACCACCUUAGAGGUUGCUUAUGGGUUUGUAAUAAUGUUAUAGACAUCAAUGAAAUUGUUGGCUUGGUUA